UGCUCCAGCAGCAGCUGAGUUUAUUUCUGGUUCAUCUGUCUUGAUGAUUUUUACUUAUUAUUUCUCUCAUUUCUUAACAUCUUCACUCAGCAUUGGACCCCUCUAAGACUGUUGGGGAAAUGCCAGCUUGUCCAAGGAGAAGAUGACUCUUCACUGUAGCUGACCCGCAGAAGCUCCUUGCCCUCACUCCUUGAGUGACCUCAGAAUGGAGGUGACCUGAAUCUCUUGCAUUAAUGAUGGUUGUAUGAAUUGGAGCCAACGGUAGAAAAUGGCAUGUGCUGCAUUCUGAAAACUUCUAGAGGUGGAUGUAUGUCCCUGGGAAAAGUUGAUAGAAUGACCUUAGCAUAGUCUAAGCAAAUUUCUAUAAUCAAGGCAGGAGAAAACAUGGAUUUGUACAAUAUGACCAUCCAGCGCAAUGUCUCCAACGAAACCGUGGAAAACCCAGCCCAUUGUGAUGACCACUGCAGGAGGGUGCUGGCCACACUCUAUAGCAUAGUCUUGUUAGGAGGGACAGCCAGCACCAUCAUGAUGUCCCAUGUCUUGUUGCAGAGGAAUUCCCAGUCCAUCAUCACCGUCAUCAUCGCCAACAUCAUCGUGCUGCAUUCCAUCCUCCUGCUCAGUCUUCCAUUCCGCCUCAGUUACUACUUUCUGUUGGAGUGGAAGUUUGGCUGGUUCAUCUGCCGGGUCAUCAGCAGCACGGUACAUUUCCAUAUGUACUUCACUUUUGUUUUCUAUGUGGCCAUCAUUGUCAUACGCUUACUCAUUUACUUUAAAAGGUUCCCCCUGCAGGAAUUACAGAAGUGCCAUGUGAUAGCCUUGAGUGUUGCCAUCUGGUUGGUGGGGAUGCUCAUUUUCUCCCUGAUUUUUCUGUUCCAAUAUGGCACCCAUAUGGACUCCUCCCAGCAUCACUGUUUUCAGUUCUACCAAGAACUCAACCAUACGCCAGUGAUUGUCAUCAAUUACUGCAUGAUUGGCAUUAUCAUGGUGACAGUCUUGAUCCUCUCCCUGAUUCAGCUGGUUGUCAUCACCCAACUCACCAAAACGCUCUGGCCUGAAAUGUUGACACACCAAGAGUUUCGAGCUCAUAUCAAUAGUUUCUUUUUCUUGGUGGUAAUUAUUGUUUGUUUCCUACCACAUCACACCUUUCGGGUUUUCUUCAUUCAAAAUUAUUUCCAGAACAAAAAACCUGAGUUAAUUCUCUGUGGUGAAAUUUGCAAGGCUUUAACGACCGUCUGCUGCCUGGACAUGUUGUGCUUCAUAAGCGGACUGGCCCAUUGAAUGCUUGUUUUGAUCUACCAGCAAUGUCAUUUUGAGAGAAGUUCCAGAUUUAAAGAUGCUGUGUCAACAUGAACCUUCACCCUUCCUCUUCUAGAAGGAAGUUAGCAGCAGUCACCUACCUGUCCCUCUCCUCAUCUUUCCAUCUUCAUGAAGCAGCCUAAGGUGAUUUACAUAACUUUGCCCAGAUGCCUUGAAGGAUGAUGGAAGACAGACAAGCGAAUGAAAAGAGUGUGAGAAUUUUUUCCCCCAAAAUAUACUGUGGGUGGAGGUAUGCUGCCUCAUGGACAGUACAUCCCUUGAGCAUUGGGAGGUGGAAGGGACAGCUGGUGCAGACUCACCUUAGGUCAGUGACAAUUAGGAAAUUAAAGGAAAUAGUCCAAAGUUUCUUUGAUAAUGGCUAACAUUUAUAUAGUGCUUUAAGAUUUGUAAAGUGCUUUAAGAUGUAUUGAAUUUUAUACUCGUAAUACCAUUGGAGAUAUUCCAAAUAUCAAAGUUGCCAGGUUAUGCCUGGGUGGGGCAAAUAAGCCAGAUAAAUGAAGGGUCAAAGGUCUCCAAAUUGCUCCCAGGUGAUCUGAAGGCUCUACUGACAACAAUAGUUGCAAAAAAUGUUAUUUGAACUAUCUACAAUGCAUGAUCACCCAAAGUCUUUUCCAUUUUUCCUCUCACCGUCAGACAGAAGAUCAGUUAGUGAGUCAAUAAAUACUUAUUAAGCACUUGAUACAUGCCAGGGACUGUGCUAAACAAGGGAGGUACAAAGAAGGGUAAACACAGUGCCCAACCUCAAGACAAAGAAAGACGGCCACACAGAAAUGGUUCCCUAAUGACAAGAUUUGGAGUGGGGGAGGUCAUUCCAGCCACCAUUAAGGGACCGAAAGAGAGGAACAACGACCCCUUAUGAUAAUCACAUCCUACUCAGUUUUGACCUUGUUUCAUUCAGAAGACUCAGAUGGACUGAUGGUCUCCUAGAUGGGGAAGUUCUCUUCAGCAGCGCAGAUCACAGCCCAUCCAGUGUGACUUUCAUCUAGGCCCUCCCAAAAGUUCACCACAAGGAGUCCAUCCAAUGUGCAGGACACCUUCCUCACUUCCUUAUGACAUUGGGAGUAUAACAGUGAAGUCCUUGAUCUGUCAUCCAACUUGAGUUCCUGCCACAGAACCAAUCCGUCAGUGGGGAACUUAGAAGAUAAAACUAUUUAAUAAUGGAUUCUGGGGGACCUUUUCUCAAUCCUCAUCUUUUGACACCAUUCAUCACCUCUCUUCCUCCUCUUCUCUCUAGGUUUUCAGAACACCUCUUUCUCUUCUCCCUCUGUGACCACUCCUUCUCUGUCUCCUUUGCUGGAUCCCCCUUCAGAUCAUGCCCUCUGACCAUAGCUGUCGUUCGGGGCUCUGUCCUGGGUCAUCUUCUCUACUCUCUCUUCCUCCUUCGCUUAGUGAGCUCAUCACCUGCCAUGGAUUGAAUGACCAGCUCUAUGCUGAGGAUUCUCAGAUCCCAUCCAGUGCUAACCUCUCCCUGACCUCCAUUCAGCUACCUAUUACACAUCUCAAACUGGAUGUCCCAUGAACACUUGAAAUUCAACAUGUCCGCAACUGAACUCAUCAUCUUUCCAUCCCAACCCAGAUGUCAUACACUACUCCACUCUCUUCACACCCAAUCAUCACCAAGUCCUGUCAUCUCUACCUUUAGUAACAUCUCUGCCACAGACCCUUUCCUCUCCUUGGACUUGCCACCCUCCGGGGCAGGGUCUCAUCAUCUCAUUCCUGGGUGGGACUGCCGGCCACAAGGCUCUCCCCUCUCCCAUCCAUCCUCCACUUAGCUGUCAAACUGAUCUUUCUGAAGCACAGGUCUGAGAUGCCACACCCCCUCACUUCUAUUCAGUGAACGCCAGUGGCUCCCUCUCACCUCCAGGAUCAAAUGUCAGACCCUCUGUUUGGCUUUCAAAGCCCUCCAUAACCCACCCCCACCUUUCCAGUUUUCUUACCCAUCUCUCCCCUCUGAUGUGCUCUGUGAUCCAGCGACACUGCCCUGCUUGCUAUUCCUCACACAACACCUCUCCACUCCUUGCAUUUUCCCAGGCUGUUCCCAUGCCUGGAAUUCUCUCCCUCCUUAUCCCCAUCUCCCGACUGCCUGCAAAUUCCAGCUAAAAUCCCAUUCUAAGAAGAAAACUUCCCAAUCCUUCUUUUUGCUAGUAGUGCCUUACUUCUGAUUACCUCCAAAUUCAUUAUUUCUAUCUUGUUUGAACAUAGUGGUUUCCAUGAUGUCUCUCCCAUUAGAAUAUAAGCUCAUGGAGGGCAGGGACUGUCUU